UUGGUAUUGGAGUUGUUAGAAAUCCGUCGUCGUGAAAAUCACGUUCGUCGCCGUGUAAUAUCACAGUGCAGUAUUUAAUUACUUACCCCGCGUUAUUUCUCGGUAUCGCAAUAUUUAGAGGUAAACUGCCAGAAUGGAUGCUUCAAUGACUGGAAGUAAAAUCAGAAGAACUUUCAUUGAUUUUUUUAAAACUAAAGGACAUGAAUAUGUCCAUUCUUCUUCAACAAUACCACAUGAUGAUCCCACUCUAUUGUUUACAAACGCGGGAAUGAAUCAGUUUAAACCAAUAUUUUUGGGAUCAAUUGAUCCAAACUCAGAUAUGGCUCAAUAUGUAAGAGUAGUCAAUACUCAAAAAUGCAUAAGAGCUGGGGGAAAGCACAAUGACUUAGAUGAUGUAGGAAAAGAUGUUUACCACCAUACUUUUUUUGAAAUGAUGGGUAAUUGGUCCUUUGGAGACUAUUUUAAGAAAGAAAUUUGUGCCUGGGCUUGGGAACUACUGACUGAAGUUUACAAGUUAUCAGGAGAUAGGUUAUAUGUAACAUACUUUGGAGGGGAUGAAUCUUCUGGACUAGAACCUGAUUUGGAGUGCAAAAAUAUAUGGAUCAAUUUAGGCGUGCCUGAAUCCCAUAUUCUUCCAGGUAGUAUGAAAGAUAACUUUUGGGAGAUGGGUGAAACAGGACCUUGUGGGCCAUGUUCUGAAUUGCAUUAUGAUCGAAUUGGUGAUAGAGAUGCUGCACACCUUGUGAACAUGGAUGACCCUGAUGUUCUUGAAAUUUGGAAUUUAGUAUUUAUACAAUUUAAUAGAGAAAUGGAUGGGUCAUUAAAAUUACUACCAAAAAAACAUAUUGAUUGUGGCUUAGGUUUAGAAAGGUUAGUUUCCGUGAUUCAAAAUAAACGCGCAAACUAUGACACUGAUUUUUUUAUGCCUAUAUUUCAAGCCAUUCAAGAGGGCACAAAAAUAAGAUCUUACACUGGCAAAGUGGGUUCAGAUGAUACAGAUGGAAUUGAUAUGGCAUAUAGAGUAUUGGCUGAUCAUGCAAGGACCCUCACAAUUGCAUUAUCUGAUGGUGGAUAUCCUGAUAACACUGGCAGAGGUUAUGUUCUUAGGAGGAUUUUAAGAAGAGCAGUUCGUUUUGCAUCAGAGAAACUAAAUGCAAAACCAGGAUUUUUUGGAUCUUUAGUUAAUACUGUUGUUGAACUAUUGGGUGAUGUGUUUCCCGAAAUAACAAAGGACCCUGAAUCUAUAAUCCAAAUUAUAAAUGAUGAAGAAAUUCAGUUUUUAAAAACUCUUAGUCGAGGAAGAAAUUUGCUUAAUAGGACGAUUGAAAAACUCGGAGACUCAAAAACAGUACCUGGUGAUGUUGCAUGGAGAAUGUAUGAUACCUAUGGUUUUCCAAUUGAUCUAACCCAAUUAAUGUGUGAAGAAAAAGGAUUGGCAAUUGAUAUGGAAGCAUAUGGAAAAGCAAAAAAAGAAUCUAUAUUAUCAUCUCAAGGAAAAAGUGUUGGAGAAGAAGACUUACUAGCCUUAGAUAUUCAUGCAAUUAGUCAUUUACAAGAGACUGGUGUAGCUAUUACUGAUGAUUCCCCAAAAUAUGACUAUAUUGCAUCUUCUAAUAACAAAGAUGCUGAAUACAAAUUUGCACCAUGUACAGCAACAAUUAUUGCAUUACGUAGAAAUAAAGAGAUUGUAAAUGAAAUUACAAGUGGUCAAGAAGCUGGUGUUAUUUUAGAUCGUACGAGUUUCUAUGCUGAACAGGGAGGGCAAAUAUUCGAUGAAGGAUAUAUGGUGAAAACUGAUGAUGAUGGUGUAGAAUUCACCGUAAAAAAUGUACAAGUCAAAGGUGGUUAUAUUCUUCACACUGGAAUAGUUGAGGGUACACUUAAAGUUGGAGACAAAGUUUUAUUGCAUAUAGACGCAGAAAGACGUCGUUUAGUAAUGAAUAAUCAUACUGGAACACAUGUCUUAAAUAAUGUCUUGAGAAAAGUUCUCGGAAAUGAUUCUGAUCAACGUGGCUCUCUAGUGAUGCCAGAUCGUCUGAGAUUCGAUUUUACUAACAAGGGUCCUAUGACUGUUAAACAGAUAAAAGAUACAGAAGAUAAUAUUAAAUCGAUAAUAAAUGAUAACAAGCGAGUUUAUGCUAAACAUACUAGCUUAAGUGCAGCUAAAAAAAUUAAUGGCCUUCGUGCUAUGUUUGAUGAACAUUAUCCAGACCCAGUACGCGUAGUUUCAGUUGGUGUACCAGUUGAGGAAUUGGAAAAUAAUCCUGCGGGAACAGCAGGAUUUGACACAUCUGUUGAAUUUUGUGGUGGUUCACACUUACACCAAACUGGUCAUAUAGGAGAUUACGUUAUUGUUAGUGAAGAGGGUAUAGCUAAAGGUAUUCGAAGAAUUGUCGCACUAACCGGUCCAGAAGCCACAAAAGCUCUGAAUAAAAUGAGCAUUCUUGAAAAUGAAGUUAAUAACGUAGCCAACUUUAUUAAAGAUCAAGGUGAUAAUAUUGAGCAUAAAGAGGUUGUAAGGAAAAUUGUUGAACUUACUAAUGAUGUAUCUCAUGCUCAGAUAGCUUAUUGGAAAAAAGAAGAAUUAAGAACAUUGCUUAAGAAUUUAAAGAAACAACUUGAUGAUAAAGAAAGGGCUGCUAAAGCAAUGACAAUCAACUUGGUGAUUGAGAAAGCUAAGGAACUCUGUUUGCAAGAAAAUUCUUCAGAGAUUAUAGUAUGUGAAUUGAAAGCCUACAAUAAUACGAAAGCAUUGGACGGAGCUUUGAAGCAAGUCAAGCAGUUGCAACCUAAUUCUGCUGCUAUGUUCUUUUCUGUUGAUGAUGACUCCAAUAAAAUAUUUUGCUUAGCAGCUGUGCCUAAAAAUCUUAUUGACAAAGGUUUAUCGGCAUCCAAAUGGGUUGAAUCUGUUGUGCCGAUCAUGGGUGGUAAAGGCGGAGGGAAGGCAGAGUCUGCUCAAGCUUCUGGAACUAACCCAAAAGGGCUAUAUGAAGCAAUUAAGGUUGCACGCAAUUAUGCCGAAAGUAAAUUAUCCUAAUUUAUAAUAUAAAUUUGUGCUUUUUCUGCAAUAAUAUUUAUUCAGUUCAAAAAUUGUAUGCUUGUAAGAUGAUGAUUUAAAUAUAUUUUAUAUUAUUUGA